UAAUAGCUACUGACUGCAUUUGAAUUAUAACUCAAAACAUAUCUCUGGUGAGGGAGGGCUCUCGGGCUAGGUUAAAAAGUAAACUGGCUUCCUGCUUCCCUAUAGUAAGAGUCCUGAAGAAGGGUGACACCCGAAAUAUCGACUUCACCUCCCGAUGCUGCCUGGCUUGCUGUGUUCUUCCAGCCUCCUGCUUGGCUGCUAUAGUAAGCGGCUGACACAGGCUCUGUACUGAGUUAAUGUAACUGUACUACUGUUGCUUUGAGGCGUGCAGAACUCUUAACUUACUCUGUGAGGCGCUGCCUAUUCUUGCGACUUCCUUGCCGGUAGUGAGUGUUUACUACACACUUGAAAGCUUAGCUUUGCUUUCGCAGGGCAAAGGAUCUCUCCAUCUGUGUAGAAUAUCCUUGUUGCUUUGACCGAAGGUAUGCAGCAGCAUAGGAGGAUCAUUAUGUGAAAAGAAUGCACAGUUGUUUGCAUCUAGAAAGAUUCUGAGUUAAGCAAGAACUAGCAGAGCACAUUCAAAGCUGUGCUGCUCCAGGUUUCUCCUACACGUCUACAUUUAUGACUGUCAGCAAGUCAUGAGACAUGAGUCACCGAGUAUUCGGAUCUGCUUAUUUGAAUAUUUUCACAAGGCCAGAUAGAGAUCAUUGCUCUUUUGUGUAGAGGCUCUUUCCCUUUACCUGGAAUUAAAAGUCUUGGACCAUCAUGAUGGCCAAUAAAAGAAGUUUUGAUCGCAUGGACUCGCUUAUUUGUAGUAAGAUGCCACGAUUGGAGAAUGAUCAGAAUGGGUUAUCAACAGGACUUUAUAAACCCAGUCCCCUAUCUAGUUAUGCUGCUGAAAAUCCCCUCAAGUACACUGGAUCUUAUUUAGCAUAUCAUCUUCAAAAUCGUGAUGGAACAGAUUCACAAGGCAUCUGGAACCAGGCCCGACCAUACGUGCAUCAUAUGGGUGGUCCAAACACCCAGUCACCACCAGGUCAAGUUUCAAGUCUCAACAAUCGCUCAUAUCAGACAGAACAUGAAACUGUAUCCCGACCAUUUCAGCCAUCUGUGAACGCAAAUGAUAAACUUGACUUGGUCAAAGAUUUAAUGAAUGUUCGAUCAAAAUGGGUCACUUUCGUUGAACGGCAGAAGAAUUUGAGAAAAGGCCAAAAUCUCCCAGCUGUGCUCUGCUCUUCUGCAGCUGGAAAACACAGUUUACAUUCGUCUGCUUUAUCUGCAGUUGGUAACUCUGCAAAUGUAGCAUUCCCACAACCAGUGUAUAGGAAUAGUGUCUGUUGUUCAGGAGCUGGUUUCUCUUUGGAAAAUUCAACAGAUCAUUUUUAUAGAAAAGCACAGGAAACUGAAUGGAGGAUGCCACCUCCUGUUACUUCCAGUUGUUUAAUUGUGAAUAACAGUCAGCUGAUGCACAGUCAGCAAUAUGCUAACCCGCUUGCGAAAAAUAAUUCAUUGCAUAGUGGAUCUGGCAAUAUACAGAUUAGCUCUGUGGGCCAAAUCACCAAAGAAACUGGGAAAUCACCUGGAGUGCGUUCACCCCUAUGUCGAGGAUAUGGAACUUACACUAGUAGUGUUCUACAAGAUCCCAGAUAUCCUGUGCUUUCAUAUGAAAACUCUAAUGGAACUGUACCAGGUCAUAGCAGCACAUCCAUACAUAGCAUCCAAGACUUGCAGAAAGCUCCCUUACAUCCAUUUGGGACAACUCAAGGGCAACAGAUGCAACCACCUUUGUAUCGUGAUAAGCCAUCACCACCGAAAUAUCCAGUGCCAAUUCAACCAAAGGUUUUGCACUCUCUGAACACUAUAUCAAACCAGCAAAGUGUGGGUAGUUACUCAUUGUUACAUCCACAUAGUUACAAAGCCCAAAUGGGAAAUUACCCAGUGCCAGGGGCAAGUGGGCGGAUGCCUGUACCCAGUUCCCCUUAUGCAAGCCAGCUUGUUUCAGAGAAUCCUUAUGCACAACCAUCUGAAUCUUUUGGGUAUGCUGCUCGUCAUCCUCCUCCACCAGAGCAACAGAAAAAUAUCUCUGUGACUGGUCCUUUGAUUCAUCCUGUAUCACAGCCUGCAACACACUCAACUGAGUUUGAGCAACAGAGUCCUCCUGGAAACAAAGUUGCUUCAUCUCUCCAAGAUCCAACUAAUGCAAAGCAUCUUUCACCAGACUUGUUGCGUUUCAGGCCUCGCAUCGUUGCGCAAAUAAAUGAACGGUGCUACAAUUCAUUAAAUACUCUUUAUAAUACGGAAUAUACUGGUCCGCAGCAGUUGGUAAGCAAACACAGUGCCUUCCACCCUGUACUAUCUGGCAAACACUUGAAGGGGCCAUUUGAGAGACCUGCUGGCUCUCCAGGUGACCAAAGACCAAAGGAUAUUUAUCUGCAAGAACAUAGCCCAGGCAUCCACAUUUCCCCUAAAGGUGAUCAAGGUAGGUCUAUAUUCAGUAAAGAACCUGAGAUCCUGAAUAAUAAACCAAUAGAAGUCAGAUUGGAUAGUCCACAAAAAAGCUACACUGUAAGUCCAACCAGAAAAACAUCUGUGAUUAAUUUCUCACCUGCUUCCUCCCCUGCUUCUAAUGAAAGCAAGAGAGCAACCCCACCUCCUUCCCCUCCUAUGCCAGUCAUAAACAAUGUGUUCAGUUUGGCACCCUACAAAGCCUACCUGGAAGCCACUGGUCUGUUCUUCUCAAAAUGUUCAAACUGCGAACUAGAUUGUGAUAAAUCAUGUUCAUGUUCUUUGAAAAAUAAAACUCAAAACAGCAGAAGUGAUAGUGCCAUAGAUCUGGAUUCCAGUACACUUGGCCCUAAAAGACUGGCAAUAGACAGCAGUCAGUUGCAACCCAAGAAUGGCGAACUGAAAACAGGUGAUGCUACUGUGCGUUUAGAAUCUACAAAUGAAAAAGGUGCAUCUGAGGAUGAGCUUAGGAAAACAGUAAACAUGAAGAACUAUUUAGAUGUUCAGCAUCCGGAGAUUAAUCUUUCUCCUAAAUUCAAUAGGCUUGAUAAGGGCCUACCUCAGCAAAGUAGAAAUAGUGCAUGGUGUAUGGUUCACAGUGGUGAUGGAAAGCUUGGGAUGAACAAAAUGGAAGAUGAAAUGGCCUUGGACCUAAGUACGAAAUCAAAAAGUCCACCUUUGAAUGUUAUUCAACAUGCUCUGGUUUCUGGUGAGUCUGGAGAAAAAUUGAAAAGUACAAAUGAAAUAUCAAAUGAAAAAGAAAAUACUAUAGAAUCUCAGAGUACUGAAGAGAAAUGUGAAAGCACAUGGCCAUCUGAAGAGCAUGGAACGAAGGCAGUUGUUGCACCUUCUAAUGAAUCCAGCAACGUAAAUGACCAUCUUAUUAUAGAAAUGAAUAAGUAUAAAAUACUGAGACCUGCCCCUCCAAAGGUUGGUGAAAAUAAUUCAACUCUGCCAUCUGAAGACAUUACUAAAGCUAAAAAAAUUAGUUUGAUUGGAUCAGUUGAUCCCUCUGCCUUAAUUUUGAGACCCCUGAAACCUCUGAAGCGAAUAUUACCUGAUGUGGUUAAAUCAAUUAUGAAUUCUAAUCCUGAACCUAGCAAGAUAUCUUGUGAAACCAAAGUGGACUCAUCCUGUAAUGGCAAGUUAAUGCAGAACGAGAAUGACACUUAUAAUUAUUUUGUACAUCUUCAUCAGUCCCUAUGUGACAUGAUAACCCAGUCAGUGGCUGAAACCUCUGAAGAGGUUUUGUGUGCAUGUUUGCGGGACAUUGAAGAGAAGGAAACUCCAAAAUUGAGGUCUUCAAUAAAGUCAAAAAAUGGUACAAGAAGCUUUGAAGCAUUGAAGAUGUCAAAAGCAAAAGAAAUUUGGCGCAACUAUGGCCACGUCCAGCAGACCCUACAAAAAUUACUUUCCUACUUGGAAAGUUAUAUUUAUUCCAGAACAUGCCCAUUUCCCCACGUAAUAAGGGCUGGCACAAUUUUUAUUCCAAUAUACUUAGUGAAGGAGAAAUUAUUUUCCAGCCUCAAGGGAGCAACAAUUGAUCAAGUUUUCCAGGAGCACAAAAUAGAACUAAGACCAACAACCCUUUCAGAGGAGAAGAAACUGCAGACAGAGUUACAGCUUCAAAGGUGUUCUUCCAGACUAAUCAAGCUGCUUUCCUUAAAGCAGUUACCUGAAAUCUAUCAAGAUCUGCUGGAUGUUCUGUGGCAUUCUUGUGUGAAAAUUCGUCUUGAGAGACAUUGGGCAACAACAAGGAGCAGAAACCUGCCAGGCCUGCAGCUUGAGGCUGACAAUGCUGCUGUCCUAGCUGAGAUCGGAAAACUGAGUUCAGACCAGAAAUUGAAUCUAGGAUCAUCUUGAUCUAUUUAGGUCUAUCAAGCUGUCCAGUGAGUCAU